GGCGGCGGCGGCGCCCGCUUGCGCAGCGCCUGAGGCGGCUCGCCUCCUGUCUCCAUCUCCUGUGCUGCUGCUUCUGCGGCUGCUGUCGCCUCGCUGAGGGAUCCCGGGGCUCCGCCGGGCUGCCAAUCCGGCUGCUGGACUCAGCGCCCGGCGGAUUUCCCGCGUCCCCCGGGAAGGACUCUGUGGGCGCCUCUCCUCACGCGGGCGCUGCCCUCGCCGGCGAGGCCGGACGGCGCGGAGGGCAGCGGCCAGAGAAGAAGCCCGGAGGGUCGCCCGCGCAGUCGCCGCCGCGUGCGCGGGCGCCGAGAGGGGUCGCCGUCGCCCCUCGGCCAAGGUUGAAGUUCAUGAGUUCGCCCAGCCUCAGCGAUCUGGGCAAGAGAGAGGCAGCUGCCUUGGACGAGCGGGGGACUCAGCACCAGCGGGCCUGCUCCAAUGCCACCUGGAACAGUAUCCAGAAUGGAGUCAUAGCUGUGUUUCAGAGAAAGGGGCUUGCAGACCACGAGCUUUACAAUCUCAACGAAGGAGUCAGGCAGCUUCUGAAAACGGAGUUGGGAUCUUUUUUCACUGAAUAUUUACAGAACCAGCUCCUUACAAAAGGCAUGGUGAUCCUGAGGGAUAAGAUCCGGUUUUAUGAAGGACAGAAACUUUUGGAUACCUUGGCUGAAACCUGGGAUUUCUUUUUCAGUGACGUCCUGCCCAUGUUGCAGGCCAUCUUCUACCCUGUGCAGGGGAAGGAACCCCCUGUCCGUCAGCUGGCCCUGUUGCACUUCAGAAAUAUUAUAACUCUCAAUAUAAAACUGGAAGAUGCUUUGUCCCGUUCCCGCGCCAGGAUUCCGCCUUCAAUCGUCCAAAUGUUACUCAUCCUACAGGGUGUUCAUGAAUCGAAAGGAGUAACUGAAGAUUAUUUGAAGUUGGAAACUCUCUUACAGAAGGUUGUUUCCCCUUACUUGGGGACGUACGGUUUGUACUCCAGGGAUGGCGCUCUCGCUCACUCCUCCUGCAUUUUAGAAAAACGCUUCUUUCGGCGCUCUAAAUCGGGGGAUAUUCUUGCUAAGAAUCCGGUGGUGAGAUCCAAAAGUUACAACAAUCCUUUGUUGACUCCCGUAGCCGAGUAUGAGACAGAAGGUGCGUCUGCCAACAACUCCAGCAUCCGACGACACUCGGUUUCUGAAAUGACCUCCUGCGCCGAGAUGCCGGGCUACUCCAAUCUCACCACCAUCACAGACAAUGGGUCCAAGGGCUCCAUGCUUACCAUGAAGAUCCCACCAUCAGGAGAACAGGAGAGGAUUUCGGCUGCUUCAGUGCAAUGUGUGUCUGAUCAACCCAAAGGACUCUUCUAUCCCAUAGACCACCCGGCCAGGGCAUUUGAGUUAGGCCAGGAUUCGGACCUGCUCGCCAUUGCUCCCACAGCCAGCCCUGAGAACAUAGUGGACCAGAUUUUAGAAUCGAUUGAUUCCGAUUCAGAUGGAAUUUUCAUUGAUUUUGGCCAACACUGCUCUGGCUCCCCGGGGUACAAUAUGGAUGUGAACAGACAAAGCGUGGUCUGAAGGAGUUGUGCUUUACAAGCCCACCGGCCUCUUUUGCCUACUCUUCCAAGUCAGAGAAAGAGGAUGACCUCCCCCCCCCCCCAGAGAAAUGUGGAUAAUCCUGGCUUGGGGAAAUGGUGGCGCCACUUUGUGGUCAGGUUGCAUCUGUUUAGGCUAAGUUCAUAAAGUCACAAUGAGGUCCAUCCGUGACCAGGCUGAGCUAUGGGUAGCGAUGGAGCUUAGGUUUUAUAUCCAGGCUGAACUGAGCCACAAAGGAUAACCAGUCUGAGAUACUGUCUGACAUCCAAUCUCCCUAAAUGUCCUUCAUAAGUGCCCCCUCGGGAUGUGAUUUGCCUCCCAUGAUUGCCUUCUUUCCCAGUGUUUUUCCAGUUUGGAUUUCCUCAGCAUUCUCCUUUCCUGCAGGAGUCAGCCAACCAGAACCAAGUAGAGGAAGACUAUCAAGUAGACUACUGGCGGAUUUAUUUGGAAUGGAAAAGGACCAAAUGAAUAGGGAGUUGGACCAGGUUUUUAGAGUCAAUUCCAAUUACGCAAGAAGGAACAGAGUGCCCAGGGAGAUCCACAUUAGAUUUCUUAAAAGAAAUCGGCGAGAUGAAAUUUUGAGAAUAGUAAGGGAUCAACCUAUGAAGUAUAAAGAUAAAGAGCUUGUGGUUCUUAAACAGAUUCCUAGAAAAAUAAGGGAAGACUGAAGAGAUUAUCAAUUUUUAACAAGGAAACUGAGGGUAAAUUUUAGAUGGUUGAUUCCAGAAGGGCUACUGAUUUUUUGGGGACUCGAAAAGAUAUAGAUUGGACACCCCAUUCCAAGCAGAGGAAUUUUUUAAUAAUCACAGCACCUUUUUGGAGAAAGGCGAUACGGAGUUUAAGAGACCAGAAGGAACGUUUACUCCAGAGACUUCUAAGCAAACAGAAGGAGUUACUAAAAAAGACGCAAUUAGAGGAAGACGUCAGACCUAAAGAUCAGAGACAGACAAGCUCACCUAGAAGAUUGAGAUCCCGAAAUAAUUAAAAGUAUGGAGGAAAUUGGAAUAUACUCUUUAAGUAUAAAUGGUCUCACCUCCCCAUCAAAAAGGAGUAAAAUAUUUCAUAGGCUACAGAAACUUAAAAUGGACAUAAUCUGUCUACAAGAGUCUCGUAUUAAGAGACAACACUCUAGAAUUUUAGAACAGCCAAAACUGGGUAAACUUUAUUUUUCUUCGGCAUUACAAAAGAAAAGAGGGAUAGUGAUAUAUAUAUCAAAGAAAAGUUGAAUCCAGUUAUUCUUCUAAUGGAUGCUCCUGGUGUAGAAAAGAACAUAGAUGACUUCUCAAAAUCCCAGUGUGAUAGUUUAGGACAGAAAUAGACAGCUUGUGGCAUUCAAGUGCAGCACAGGCACCGGUGAAUGAUGAAUUGGGAUUAGCUCGGGUGUGUACAUGCCCAUAUGUAUGCACAUGCAUGUAUCUAGUCUCUCAUGUGCAAGCAAUGGUGGCACCAUCACGUUUGUUUGCCCAUGCUGUCCUAGCCAUGGCCAGUUUUCAGAAUGGCCCUCUUGUUGUGCAGCCCUUGCAGUGUUAAGCGUCUCUCAAAGGAGAAGACCAUUGUGUUGUUGGGACUUGUAGAAGAGUCAGAAUAGUCAUGAAGUCCCCUCUGUCAGGUCUCAGUGGCCGGAAGAUUCUAGUUUACUCUUAUCGAAAUGGUUGAGCAGGAAUGCAAAGAACGCCAAUCAUAUGUGAGGACCGGAUGGACUAAAAAGGAGAGGAAAUCCAAUUCUUUGAAUUGGAUUACAAGAGAGCACGAGGACUUCACAGCUGCCUGGGUUAAUGGCUUCCCUUUCCAGGAAUUAAGUAAGGACGGGUUUGGGGGGGUGUUUUUAUUCUUAUCUCAUGGUGUCAUAGCCAGAGGUUGAAUGCACAAAAAGAGCUGAAUCCUGACAAGUUGGAGCUGACUUAUUUCAGAAAGAGCAGGAUUAGAGAGCGCAGGAUACUGCCACUAAUAAGGUAGAUACGUGCUUUUGGGGCCCAACCACUACAAAGGAGGAGAGAAUCUCAGCUUGGGCCCUUGGAAAAGCAAAUCUGGGAUAUUACUAAGCAUCAGACAGCUGACCAUAAGAACUGACCUCAUGACAAGCUGCCAUAAUGGAUACAAAAAAAAUUAGUUACCUCUAUGACAUAGUGAAAGUAGUAAGAGAAAUUAAGCAUGAUGAACUUGAGUCCUGCUGAUGGAAAGGUUAUUUACAGAUCUCCAUUAUACUUAAAGUGUACAAUUUUAAGCUUAAAGUGGUAUUUGAUGACUUGAAAAUAGUACAUAUGUGGUGCUUAAUCAGCAGUCAUUCCUAUUUGCAAAUCGGUGUUACAGCCGACAUACAUGCAUGUGUGAAAACAUUCCUAGCAUUCAUGUUGGGGAAAAGUGUCAUUUUCUGCCUCAUUACUGCCUUGAUAAGAUUUCUUGAAUAGGAAACUGUUUUAAUGGCAAUUAAUAUUAGAAAAACUACCUUUCUCAUCAAGCUAACAACCAUGUUCAUGACUUCCAAACAAUUCCUUAAAAUGAAAUCCUGCUCUUCAAAAGUUAAAAUGUGUCUAUAGACUGCAAAAGGAAGAAAAGGGGUUUAAUUUUAAAAAAGUUGUUCCAAAUAUAAUAGAAUUUGAUUUAUAGCAGCUACUAUUUUUAAUGAUUCUCAGUACAUCCACACAUCUUUCAUCAAUCAAGUGAAAUUUGUAAAACUAAUUUAAAUAAAUAAUGUGCUUGCUACUGAAUGGUUGAGA